UCCGUGGCCGUGCUGGGAGCCCACCCCUACGGCUCCCUCCAGCUCGUCCAGCCUGGCGAGCUGCCGCCGCCUGACGAGGGCUCCGACGAAGGAGAGGAGGAGGCUGGCAGCCCGCCGCCGCUGGAACCCAUCACGAGCCUCGAUGGGCAGAGGCGUGUCCAGUUCAGCGAUGAUCCUCCAGAGAUCAGAUACCGAGAACCCAGUCUGUCUGGAUCGUGCGAGACGCUGGACACCAUCACCCAUUCGCUGGCGGGCGGACAGGGAGGAGACGUGCUGCUCGUCCUGGACCUGCCCGAGUACUAUCUCGUGGGCUGCGACACCAUGUCGUUUACCGCCAGACAGUUCCGAGGCGUCAGGGACAUCCCGCCUGGCCCUCACUUCUUGUGGGUCACCCACCCCGAGAGCGGCGCUGUCCGAACCGGCUUCUUCAUCAUGGCCUAUGGCGCGCAGCAAGUCCAUGUUCUCCAGUGGGACAAGUUCCACGAGACCAUUUCCGAGCCCUCGCGGGCUGAGGCCCGGUUCCAGGCGGAAGGCCUCGACACUUUCCACCAUCUGCUCGUCCCGUACAACGACCCGACGUUGAUCAACUCGGAGCUGGACAAGCGCGACGGCUUCACCCAGACGACUCUUAACAGGAAAUCCAAGAUGUGGAAGCGACUGGCCGGGAGCAUCACCCAACGCGUGCUUGUCCGCGUCAUCGGGCAGCACAUCACCAGCUGGCACGUCGACACCACGGACCGCGUCCAGGGAGCCUUGCAUGUGGCCGCAGAGAUGGAGCUCGACAGGAGACUGCCGAAGCAUUACCUGCAGUCAAAGGAGCUCAGGUUCAGCUUUCCGCAGAACGCCAAGACGUACACGGCUGAUGUUGUCGGUGCUGAUCGAACCCUGGCGGCCACGGAUGCGACGUCCUACAUGAUGUCCGUCAUGAACGACGGGAACAAGGCGUUGUCCGACGACGACGUUGUUGCAGAGCUUCAGUUGGCCUUUAUCAUUGGAGUACACCUGGGAAACCAUGCCUGCAUCCAGCAGUGGUGGCACAUGGUGCUCAAGCUCGUCCUCAAGGCAUUCCUGCUGCCGGAGCUCCGCCCGGUCCUUGCCGCUAAACUGCUGUAUUGUCUUGCUGCACAGCUCGAAUACAGCGCCCGCUGGCUCGACGAGACCAUCCUGGACCCCAACGAGCCCAACAGCAACGAGCUGCGGCUCGCCCUCAUCAUCUACAAGCGCAGGCUCGACGAGGUCCUCGAGGGCCUUGGCGACCAAGCCACAAAGGAACAGCUCACCGUCGGCACUGCCUUCGCCAAGAUCGAGUCGGAAGUCGUCAGCCUCGGAUGGGAGCUGGACGGCGACUACCUCCGCAAGGGCAAGGUGAUGAUGGAGGACGGCGAGGAGGUGGACGUGGAAAUGGCCGAGCUGCAGGCCGAGGACGAGCGCGGCGAGUGGGCGCCCGAAGUCGUCGAGCUCGACGAGCACGGUCGUCAGCGGGACUUGGUGUCGUGGCACGACUAGAAGACUGUG